AUGCCACUUCUGCCACCUUGCCACCUGCCACCCUGCCACUUCUGCCACCCUGCCACCCUGCCAUCCUGCCACCCUGCCACUUCUGCCACCCUGCCACCCUGCCACCCUGCCACCCUGCCACCCUGUCAUUUCUGCCACCCUACCACUUCUGCCACCCUGCCACUUCUGCCACCCUGCCAUCCUGCCACCCUGCCACUUCUGCCACCCUGUCAUUUCUGCCACCCUGCCACUUCUGCCACCUUGCCACCUGCCACCCUGCCACUUCUGCCACCCUGCCACCCUGCCACUUCUGCCACCCUGCCACUUCUGCCACCCUGCCACUUCUGCCACCCUGCCACUUCUGCCACCCUGCCAUCCUGCCACCCUGCCACUUCUGCCACCCUGUCAUUUCUGCCACCCUGCCACUUCUGCCACCCUGCCACUUCUGCCACCCUGCCACCCUGCCACUUCUGCCACCCUGCCACUUCUGCCACCCUGCCACCCUGCCACUUCUGCCACCCUGCCACCCUGCCACCCUGCCACCCUGCCACCAUGCCACCCUGCCACCCUGCCACUUCUGCCACCCUGCCACCCUGCCAUCUUGACACUUCUGCCACCCUGCCACCCUGCCACCCUGCCACUUCUGCCACCCUGCCAUCCUGCCAUCUUGACACUUCUGCCACCCUGCCACCCUGCCACUUCUGCCACUUAGAACAGCAGACGAUAAAAUAA